CUGCGGCUCCUCCCGCUCCCUGACCUUUGCCCCGUGAGGAGGCAGGAGUGGCCGGGGCUGCGGGGAGCUGAGCUCCCGCCAUUGCACGGCCUCCCGGGCCCCAGCUCCACGCGGUCCUGCCCCCCCGGGCGGUGCUGGGCUCAGCGGAGCCCAUUCCUGCCCCCCGGCCCGGUCUGCCCCCCGCCCCAGACCCAGUCCGUGCCGACGGUUAGACAGGCCGUGGCAGCUGCAAUCCCAGCCCGGCUCGGGGGUGGCUGAGCCUCUGCGGUGCCGUGCCGUGCGGCAUCACAGGCAGCGCCCCCCCGGCGUGCACGGCCCCGCUGAGGCUGAUGCCCGUCCAUCUGUCCCUUGCAGCGCCGGGGGAAGGGAUGGACCACCAGCUGCGCGAGCUGCGGCUGCAGGAGGAGCGGGCGUUUCUGCAGAGCGUGGCACGGACUCAGGGCUCGCCGGAGCAGGGAGAGGAGCUGGAGGGCGACAGUGAUGGCGAGGGUGAGCACAGGAGGAGCGAGGACGAGGGCGGAAGGAGGAAGAGCCGAGCGCGGCCCAUUGUGCCUGAGCCCGUCUCCAGCGAUGGGGACCUGCCGCUGCCCCAGGUGCCCAAGUCGCCCAGGGACACGAGCCUCCUGGCCGGUGCCGUGGAGCGGAACGACUUCCUGCGGCGCCUGGGCGAGGGCCAGACGGACGCCAUGGUGCAGAGCUUCACGCCCGCCCAGCACGGCCCCGGUGACACCGUGCUGGCCGAAGGCACUGAGGGCCACGCCAUGUACAUCGUCGCAGAGGGGGAGCUGAGUGUGACACAGCGUGGGCGCCGCCUCCGCACGCUGCUCCCGGGGGACGUGUUCGGGGAGCUGGCGCUGCUCUACAACUGCCGGCGCACCGCCACCGUCACAGCUCUGACGCCUGUGCGGCUCUGGGCCCUUGACCGGCAGACAUACCGUGCCAUCGUCACUGGCAGCGCCAAGCGCCGCCGGGCCCAGAUCCUGGGCUCCCUCCGAGAGGCACAGUGCCUGCAGGGCCUGUCGGAUGCUCAUCUCUCCAAGCUGCUCGACGCCAUGGAGGAGUGCACGUUUGGGCACGACGAGGUCAUCAUCCGCGAAGGCGAUGAGGGGAAGGACUUCUACAUCAUCCUCCGCGGGGAGGUCCGGGUGAGCCGCAGCGUGGGCGGGCGGGAGGAGCCGAUCCGGGUGAUGAGGGCCGGCGAGCACUUCGGGGAGCUCUCGCUGCUGCGGAACAUCCGCCGGACGGCCACGUGCCGGGCGCAGGGCGAGGUCACCUGCAUCACCGUGGCCAAGGAGGACUUCCAGGAGAUCAGCCCCCUCUGCCCCGCUCCGCACUCGGAGCUGGAUGUGGCUGCACAGGAGGCCUCUGCACCCCCUGAGCCCCCCGAGUCCCCCAGCACCCCGGUGCAGCUGCAGGACCUGGCCCCCGUGCGCUACGAGGACGGGGAGCAGCAGGGCCUCACCGUCAUCCUGGGCACCGGCGGCUUCGGCAGGGUGGAGCUGGUGCGCCGCGGGGCCGAGCUGUUUGCGCUGAAGCGGAUCCGCAAGGACCACGUGGUGCGGACGCGGCAGCAGGAGCACGUGCGCACCGAGCGCCGGGUGCUGGCACGGAGCCACUGCCCCUUCGUCGUGGGGUUGGUGGGCACGUUUCGGGACAGCCGCUACGUCUACCUGCUGCUCGAGUUCUGCGCCGGCGGCGAGCUGUGGACCAAGCUGCGUGAGGUGCGCUGCUUCGAGGAGGAGGUGGCCGUGUUCUGCUCGGCCUGCGUGGUGGAGGCGCUCGACUACCUGCACGGCCUCGGCAUCGUCUACCGCGACCUCAAGCCCGAGAACCUGAUGCUGGACGGGCAGGGCUACGUCAAGCUGGUCGACUUCGGCUUCGCCAAGGAGCUGGCACGGGGCGAGAAGACGUACUCGUUUUGCGGGACCCCCGAGUACCUGGCGCCCGAGAUCCUGCGCCACGAGGGCCACGACUUCGGCGUCGACUUUUGGAUGCUGGGCGUGCUCGUCUUCGAGAUGCUCGUGGGACGACCCCCGUUCCACAGCGCUGAGCCCCAGAAGAUCUACAGCAAGAUCCUGGAUGGCGUCUUCUCCUUCCCGGCCUACCUGAGCGAGGCCGCCUGCUCCCUCGUCGCCAAGCUCUGCAGGCGCCGGCCAGGGCAGCGGCUGGGGAACACGGGCGCUGGCAUCCGCGGCAUCCGGAAGCACAGGUGGUUCGGGGCGGUGAAGUGGAAGCGCCUCGCGCUGCGCCAGCUGGACGCCCCGACCCUGGCGCUGAUGAAGCAGGGCCCCCCCUACGCCAACUUCAAGCGGUUCUCGGUGGACUGGACGCCGGCCGAGGAGGAGUUCUCGGGCUGGGAUGAGGAUUUCUGAGCGAGUGGACGGACGGAUGGACAGAUGGGUGGCCCAUCACCCUGGCAGGGCCAGGACUGGGGGUGGCCCCCUCCCCUCUGCCCCCUGCUGGGGGGGGGCUGGGAGACCCCCAGGGCAGGGGGAGGUGGCAGCGGGGGACAGGGGCCCGGUGCUCCCUGCGCAGGCAAUAAAGCUGCUGCAACCUG